AUGUCAUCUCUACCAAGGAGAGUGAAAUCUGAAGCCAAAGCCCUUAUAUCAGAAGAUGAUGAGCUUCCUUCAUUUCUAAAUUCGAGCUCUGAAUCAGAGGAGGAAGAGGAGGAGUGGGAGCCAAAAAGCAAAAUCGCCAAGAGACCUCGGUUGCCAAAGAAAAAUGAGGCAAAAACUAAAAAAGUUGCUGCUCCACGGUCAGCUGUGGCCAGGAAAAAGGUCAAGAAGGUAGCAAUAAAAGAGGAAAUAGAUGUAUCCUUGCCUAUUACUCCUGCAGAAGAUAAUAAAAUGCAGCUUCUAAAAUCUAAGGAAGAAGAUGUAGGCACUAAACCAAAAACUUUAAAUCAAAAGCCAGAAGUGACUAAAAAAAUGGAAAUAAAUUCAUUCCAAGGAAAGAACAUCAGGAGUUUAGAGAGUGAUGAAAAACCCUCAACAAGCGUUCCUGUAGUGGGAAAUCAAGUGAAACAUGAGAAAUCUGAGGAGGAUUUUGCAUUUGAUGAACCACCUUUUAAAAAGAUUAAGUCGACUACAUGUCCUGAAGGAAAGCCAGUUAAAAAUCUAGGAGGCAACAGAAUAAAAGAAGAAUUUGAAAUGAACUGGGAUAUUGUACAGGCUUUGUCAGAAAUAACAAACGUUGAACCGUGGGUAUGUGCAAACUUAAUUCGCCUCUUUCAAGAAGAAAACACAAUUCCUUUUAUUGCUCGGUAUCGAAAAGAGCUCAUCAAUAAUCUGGAGGCCGAUGCCUUGCGAGAAGUGCAACAAACAUUGGAAGAGCUACGUACUGUUGCAAAGAAGACGCAUACAAUGAUACAGAAGUUGAAGAAAGAAGGGAAAUUAUCUGGAUGCCUUUUAACAGCAUUAUUAAAUUGCAGAACUUUGGAAGAAUUAGACCAUGUGUCUGCACCUUAUAAAACUGGGAGUAAAGGCACCAAAGCCCAGAGGGCCAGGCAGCUGGGAUUAGAACCUGCUGCCCUCUCCCUCCUGCAGAAUCCUGUGGAACUUAAUCUCUUUUCUUACAUUAGACCCAAUACCAAAGGACUUUCAACUAUCCAGGAAGUAGAGGCUGGAGUUCAACAUAUUUUAGCGGACAUUUUUGCUAAAGAUAAAGAUACACUGGAUUUUAUCAGGAAAUUAUGUCAGCAAAGGUACAUUUGUAUCCAGUCAGCCUUGGCAAAAGUGUCAUCCAAGAAUGGAAAUGAAAAAGAUAUUGAUAAAUUCCAACUGUACCAUGAGUUUUCUUGUAAUAUAAAGAACAUUCAGCAUCAUCAGAUUCUGGCCAUUAACCGAGGGGAAAAUCUGAAGAUCCUGACAGUGAAGGUCAACAUUCCUGACGGGGUGAAGAAUGAAUUCUGUUGGUGGUGUGUCAAUGAAAGAUGGAGACCCAAACAAUUUUUAAAACCAGAAUUAAUGAGGAUACUACGGAAUUCAGUAGAGGAUGCAUAUAAACGCCUUAUAUAUCCUCUCCUCUGUAGAGAAUUCAGAUCAAAGUUGACAUCUGAUGCAGAGAAAGAGUCUGUGAUGAUGUUUGGCAGAAACCUCCGGCAGUUGCUUCUGACCAGCCCUGUGAGGGGCCGUACUUUGAUGGGAGUAGAUCCUGGCUACAAACAUGGCUGCAAGUUGGCAAUUAUUUCACCAACCAGUCAGAUACUCCAUACCGAUGUUGUUUACUUGCAUUCUGGUCAAGGAUUUCGUGAAGCUGAGAAGAUAAAGAGGCUUCUGCUACAGUACAGCUGUAGCACUGUGGUGAUUGGCAAUGGCACGGCCUGCAGAGAAACAGAAGCUUACUUUGCUGACUUAAUUAUGAAGAAAUAUUUUGCACCACUGGAUGUUGUUUACUGCAUUGUCAGUGAAGCAGGAGCAUCUAUCUACAGCGUCAGUCCAGAAGCGUCCAAGGAAAUGCCAGACCUAGACCCUAACCUAAGAAGUGCAGUUUCCAUAGCUAGACGUGUCCAAGACCCAUUAGCUGAGCUAGUGAAAAUUGAGCCCAAACACAUAGGAGUUGGAAUGUAUCAGCAUGAUGUAUCACAGACUUUACUCAAAGCAACUCUGGACAGUGUGGUUGAAGAGUGUGUCAGCUUUGUAGGAGUUGAUAUUAACAUCUGUUCAGAAAUACUAUUAAGACACAUUGCAGGACUGAAUGCUAACAGGGCGAAAAAUAUAAUAGAAUGGCGAGAGAAGAAUGGACCAUUUAUAAACCGAGAACAGCUCAAGGAAGUUAAAGGUCUGGGUCCUAAGUCCUUCCAACAGUGCGCUGGCUUCAUCAGGUUCAAUCAAGAAUAUAUAAAGACCUUCUGCAGUAGUAAGAAAACUGAACUCGGAAGUCAUGCACUUUUGCCUAAAGCAGGUGCACGGGGUAAGAAGAAGAGCAAACCAACACCAUGUGCCUCGCGACAGCCCAAUCCUUUGGAUCAAACUUGUAUUCAUCCAGAGUCUUACAACAUUGCAAUGAGGUUUUUAUCUUUCAUUGGGGGAAAUGCAAAUGACAUAGGAAAACCAGAUAUGCAGCAAAAAGUAAAUGCAGUAAUUCAAAAGGAAGGACUGGAGGGCACGGCCACAAGGCUAAGUACAACGGUGCACACGCUGCAGCUGAUCAUCGAUGGCCUCACUCAGCCUGAAGGCUUUGAUAUCCGAACAGAUUUUGAUAAACCUGAUUUCAAGAGAAGCAUAGUCUGCUUUGAAGACUUACGUGUUGGUGCUGUUCUGACUGGAAAAGUUGAAAAUGCGACGCCAUUUGGAGUUUUUGUUGAUAUUGGUGUGGGAAAAGCAGGCUUGAUUCCAGUGCGAAACAUAACAGAAGCGAAACUUUCUAAAGUGAAGAAGAGAAGAAGCCUGGGGUUAGGUCCUGGAGAAAGAGUGGAAGUUAAAGUGCUCAAUGUUGAUAUUCCUCGAUUGAGGAUUACGUUGGAUCUUAUUCGUGUUUUAUGA